UAAAAAGAAAGAAGCCAUCUUUUUGAACAUGAGAUUCCUCUUCCCUGGCACAGUUUCUCUCCAAUUUUUCUCUGGUCUUCUUCUUCAAAAAAAAAAUCCAGAAUCCCAGAGAGAACCUAUACCGAAAAAGAUUUUGUUGUUCUUAGGUAAAAAUUAAUUUACCAUAAAGGUCUCAUCUUUCUCUCUCCAAAUCAAAACCAACCUUUGAUUGAACUCAUAAAGUCUCAAACUUUCUUUCAAUCCGAUCCAAACAAAAACCCUCCAUUUAAAUGUCACUAAAACCACAAGCAGGUUAUGGCACCAUCCCCACCACCAUCAGCACAACCACAACAACCACCACACAACCCCUACGAUCACCAACGACCCUGACAUUCAUCUCACGCGCCACCACCACAACUCAAACCCUCAUUGCAACGCGCCGUCCUUGGCAAGAACUUAUAAAGUUCUCAUCUUUCAUUCGCCCUUACACUUAUGAUGAAUCCAUUUCACGGAUCAAAUACAACGUCAAUUACUUUCGCGUAAAUUAUGCAAUGAUAUUUCUUGCAAUCCUGUUUUUAAGUCUUUUGUGGCAUCCAAUUUCUAUUAUUGUGUUUAUCGGGGUAUUUGUCGCGUGGUUGUUUCUUUAUUUCGAGCGUGAUGGCCCGGUUGUGCUGUUUAAUAGGAGUUUUGAUGAUAGAGUUGUUUUGUGUGUUCUUGGAUUGGUUACUAUAGUGGCAUUGGCGUAUACUGAUGUGGGUUUGAAUGUUUUGAUUGCUUUGAUUAUUGGGGUGGUUGUUGUUGGAGUUCAUGCUGCGUUUAGGGGCACCGAGGAUUUGUUUCUUGAUGAGGAAAGUGCUGUUGAAGGUGGGUUGCUUUCAGUAGCUGGCAGUCGGCCUUUGCAACCCAAAACGGGUUGUACUCGGAAUCUCAUUGUUUGAUUUGAAGCUUGUAUUGGUGGAAUCUCAUUGUUUUUAGGAGAUUUGAAUCGAGGUUUUAUGCCCAUGCCCAAGAUGACGAUGGAGUUUGUUGCUGACGGUGGAAUUGGGGAAUGGUGACUUGGAUUUGGUAGUUUGGAUUUUUGGUUUGUUGUAACUUGCAGCUUCUAUUUUUGUGAUGCUAUGAGGGAAGGCCAUAAGAAUGUUAAGAUCGAAUUGGGAACGUGUCGGUUGGCAGCAGUUGCAAGGAGGUGAUUUUUGUGUCUUUCUUGGGGAAUUUUUCCUUUGGUAACCAGCUUUACUGUAGCAAUUCAAGCGUGAUUACUAAUUUGUCUGUUUCAGUUGACUGUUAAUGGAAACUCGUGUUUUCUUUAGGCACAAAGUGAAUCAUCAA